GCUUCAACAUCAUCUCUCCGAUGACGAACGAGUGAGCGAAAAGUGGAUCUCAUACUCAGCAGAUGCAAGAUGAUAGCUUGGCUAAACUGACAUCAAGUUUAAUUAAUUUCUAAAUCUCCAAAUUAAUCUAAAUAAUUAAAUUCGACCCCCCAGAUUCGAUCGGUCACUUGUCAUCAUCAUUCAAUCAUGUUUGACAUUCUCAACGAAGAUUUCACAACGUACGAGGCUUACGAGCCAUUCUUGAAAAAGUCGGUCAGCAAGGGGAAGGAGGUUCCGGGGGGGAGUGUCCUCCAAGUGCAGCACGUCGUCAACAUUUCCGUCGCCAAGCAGGACGGACCCGUGCAACAGUAUGACCCCGACCGACAAAUCCUUAAGGUCACCUUGACCGAUGGGGAAAGCACGGUUUAUGCCCUUGUCGCGGAACAAGUCCCUAAGCUCGGAAUCAAUACUCUACCCGGCACGAAAAUCAAGAUUGUCAACACUGUACCAACAUUUGGACAAAUUAUAAUGUUGACACGAGCCAAUUCCUUAAUUUUGGGGGGAAAUGUGCCAAAAUUGGUAGAAAAAUGGAAUUUUCAACGAGCCAUGGACGUCAAGAAGGAAUGGGGCGCGGUGGGGAAGGGGGAAGGGAAUGAUGGACCCCCUUUGUGGCGACCGUGUGGACAGAAAUCUGUCUCCGUGGAUGUCACAAUGCUCAGGAAGAUGAAGGCGAUGGACAUUGUUAACGAGAAGAAGGAAGUUGCCGGUGCAAAGGAAGGAAAUCAAACCCAGUUUGAUCAACAACGACAAGAAACCAUUUCCGAACUCAUGGAUAAAAGUGCGAGGCAAAAGUGGCAAAAACCUAAUAAGCAUCUCGUCACCAAAGAAGCCCAAGACAUCAUGGACGAAGGAUUCACCCAAGAAGAAGCAACCAAUGCUUUAGACAAGUUCAAGAAUCCUCAAAAAGCUCUCCGAUACUUAAAAGCCAACCGUGGCGAGUAUCCCCCCGCGAGAACGGCUCCCCCAGAAGAACGAAGAGACAAGCGGCGAAAAGGCAAAGGUGGUGGCGACGAUGAAGACGACGACGCUCCAAUCCCCAAAGAAUUCCAACGCCCCACCAGCAAUAUUUCCCUCUUUGGCUUCAUCGCCGGCACCAUGAACAUUCAAGGAGGCGGAGACGCCGCUGCAGCCGCCGCCGAACCAGUUGAUGACUACGACAACAAUUAUGGUCGUGGUCGUGGCCGUGGGAGAGGAAGAGGUGGUCGUGGCCGUGGUGGUGAUGAUUAUCGAAGCUCCCGAGGUGACCGUCGCGGCGGCGGCAGCAGCGAUUAUCGAGGUGGUCGUGGAGGAAGGAGUGACAGCCAAAGACCCGCUUUUUCAAGUUAUGACAAUUCCCCCGCGCUCGGUGCCACUUCCUCCUCCUCUGACACUUAUAGUAAUCGACAAAGUUAUGAAUCUUCCAGCGCCCCCCGUGGUGGUGGUUAUCCAAGUGGUAGCAGCAGCAGUAGCAAUUCUACUUCAAGAGGAGGAGGAACAUCACGAGGAGGAAACAGCGCCCGAGGUGGCGGAUACUCGUCGUCAGAUCGUGGCGGCGGUGGUAGAUCCGGUUCAUCCUACAACAAUACUCGAGGAGAUUACAGUGGUCAAGAUCGAUAUUCUUCAGAUUCUCAACAAUUCUCAUCAUCUUCCUCUUCUUCCUAUCGUGGUGGUGAACAACAACGCCAACAAAUGCCGAGUCAAGAUGCUCGAAACUACCCAUCAGCCCCACCACGAUUUCAGAAGAACGACUUCCCACCCGCCAGUACCGAUUAUAAUUCGUCCUCCUACUCGGAGUCUAGUAGUGACAGACACCAAUCGUCGUCACGUGGUCGUGGGGGUGGUGGUGGGGGACAAUGGGGGUCCACUUCCCACAACGAGUAUAGAAACUCUUCUUCCUCCUCCAACGACUGGAACCCGUCCUCGUCUAUUGGCCCGAUGGUAUUUACGAGGGGAGGAGGACGGGGUCGAGGAGGUCAAAGUUCACGAGGGUAUUAUUGAGUCCUUACAAACAAAUCCAUUCAUACUUUAUAUCAUGGAAGAAAUAUCACAAAUAAAUAACAGUUAUUCUAAACUAGUAAAUACGAAA